AUGAGAGGCACAGCGGAUGGCGACAUGAGGCAGGGACUGAACAACCUGGAGGCCACUCCCACUGGCUUCGGGUUGGUGAAUGCUGAUAACAUGUUCCGGGUGUGCGACCAGCCUCACCCGCUGAAGGUCACAGCGGCAGUCAAGGCGUGUCUAUCUGGCGACAUUGACACUGCAUGCGAGGGCAUCCAGGACCUCUUUGCUCUGAGCCUUCUUUUAAGCCAGAAUCAAUCAAGCCAUCCACUUUUUGCACGCAUCCCUUUCCCCCCUCAGGUGUGUGACCAGCCUCACCCACUGAAAUUCGGAGCGACUGUCAAGGCGUGUCUAUCCGGUGACAUCGACACUGCAUGCGAGGGCAUCCGGGACCUCUUUGCUCUGGGCUACGCUGCGUCUGACAUCAUCACAACACUCUUCAGAAUAGUCAAGAACUAUGACAUGCCCGAGUUUCUGAAGCUGAAGUUUAUAAGAGUGAGUCGCCUCUCUUUUGCCAGUGAAAGAAUAGUCAAGAACUACGACAUGCCCGAGUUUCUGAAGCUGGAGUUUAUAAGAGUGAGUCGCCUCUCUUUUGCCAGUGCAAGAAUAGUCAAGAACUACGACAUGCCAGAGUUUCUGAAGCUGGAGUUUAUACGAGUGAGUCGCCUCUCUUUUGCCAAUGCAAGGUGGGCAGAUGGGUGCACAGGGCGUCAGAGGGCUGGACCUCUUUGCUCUGAGUUACGCUGCUUCUGA